AUGGAGGCUCCUGCGCCGACCUCGCACGCCACCGGCUUUCCAGUCGAGGGCAGAUGCAGCUACUUUGUGGAAAAGAAGAAGCGCUUCUGCAGGAUGGUGGCGGCCGCGGGGAAAAGGUUCUGUGGUGAACACGCUGGAGCCGCGGAGGAAGAAAAUGCUCGGAAAAGAAUCUUGUGUCCUUUAGAUCCAAAACACACAGUAUAUGAAGACCAACUAGCAAAACAUUUAAAAAAAUGUAACUCAAGAGAGAAGCCAAAGCCUGAUUUCUUUACUCAAGAUGUAAAUGCAGGAUUAAAGGAAGAAAUGGACAUUCCUGAGCAAUUAGUUCCAUUUUCUUCUCUGUCUGAAGAGCAGUUGGAAAACUUAAUUAAGAAAUUGAGAAAAGCAAGUGAAGGCUUGAAUUCUACACUUGAAGAUCACAUUAUGUCCCAUCCAGCAUUACAUGAUGCCCUGAAUGACCCUAAAAAUGGUGACUGUGCAGUCAAGCACCUGAAACAGCAGGCUUCUAUUUUAGGUAACAUUGAAAAAUUAAAGUUACUUGGUCCAAGAAGAUGCUUUGUUGAGUUUGGAGCAGGAAAGGGGAAGUUAUCUCACUGGGUUGAUAUUGCCUUAAAAGAUGCUGAAAACGUUCACUUCAUCCUGGUAGAGAAAAUGACUACAAGAUUCAAGGUAGAUGGUAAACAUAGAAAGGAGAGCUCAGUGUUUGAAAGACUUCAGAUCGAUAUUCAACACUUGUGUCUGAACAGGGUUCCUGUGCUCAGAGAAGGAAGACUGCCUGUGGUAGGAAUUGGGAAGCAUCUGUGCGGGGUCGCAACAGGAACUGUUUUAAGAGGUGGGAGCUGGCCUCCCACAAUACAUAAAUCUCCUACCUGUUCGCCGUGACUCUUGGAUGUAUGCACGCAUGAACUGAAGCCCAAACAGCUCCUGUUCCUCCUCUCCUUCUGCGCAGUCACUGGGAGGAAGCGUCACUUCCAGUCUCAGCGGGUUGUCUCGGAAGUUGACAAACCUAGCAGUUGACCAGAAACACAGUAGUUUUGGGUGCCAUAGAAGUGCAUGUACAUUUACUUCCCUGGGAAAAGAUCAAGUGACAGUCUACAGAAUUACUAUUUUCAACUGUUUUCAAUAACUGAUUAUCUUGCUGGAAGCCAAUAUACCCCAAGAAGAGACAGUGUUUCGCCCCAAAGCUUACAAAGACAACUAUUAGUUCAUAACAUGUAUUUAGUGCGAUGAGAGCAAGUUGUAUCAUAAAUCUCCGACUAAUGCUAUGACGAUAGUUUGUGCCUGUUUUUAUGGAUCAAUGCCUCAGUCAUCAAGUACAAAACUGAAGUUGCCGGAUAAGUCAAUGUAUGAACGGUUUUUGUUGUGGAGGUUCUGAAUUUGGGUAUCCAAUUGCCUCAUUCCAUCAGAAAAUGACAUUCUGGAGAGAAUUUUAUUCCUGUUCUAAUAAGUAGCAAAAAAAAAAAAAAAAAAAAGUCUGCUUUCUGUAGGCUAAUAUAGUUACCUGUGCCUAUUUGUAGUUAUUCAGAAGGAAACUGGUCACUAUUUUAUUCUUUUGAUUUUUGUAUUGCAAAGCGUUGGUUAGCAGUAUAAAGAGAAUUUUCAUGAUAUUGUCACCAACAAAAGACCGUUCUUUAAACUGAUAAACCCCUGUACCAUUUUAGUUUCAAGAAUUAUUUCUUGAAUAAGCUAGACUGGUGUUAUGUGAGUCACACUCAUGAAAAUUUUUAAGCAUUGGAAUAUAUGGUUUUUUUUUGAAUGAAGGAAUAAAAUUGACUUUAUUCAGAGCGAAAGUUGUUGCAUUCAUAGAAAAUCCUGAAGGGCCAAAAAAAAAAAAAAAAAAAUCCUUG